AUGGAAAUACAAUUAGAUCUGCCUUUGCAAUGCGGAGAACCUGAUCAGUUGGCCAAGGCGGGGGCACUCUCUAUGCAUCGUUUGGGACAGACAUUUUCUGGUGCAAGGGAUACAGAUACUGACUUGCGCCUGCCUACUAAGGCUAAUGUGCUGCUUCUCUGCCACCUUAUGAGACCAUGCUACGAGCUACCCACCAUGGGGAUCAGCACCCCAGUUCCCUGCGUUGCUGCACAACAACCUGUGCGGUGCUACGGCGAUAUCGUGGACCGGCGGAGGCGCCUCUCUUCCUUUUCAAAUAAUAAACUAAGCAGUUCGGGGCGUGAAAGACGAGGGAGAUGCACUGAGGGCUGGGCUGCGUAUUUGAUUAAGGGCCCGUUUAUAUCGUACCACCACAGCCUCAGCCGCUAUCACCUUCUUGUCCUCAUGAAUGGCUACGGCGACGGUCUCCGCGGCCAAAUAAUUGAAGUAUGGGCGCACAAUCUUGAAGAGGAACUCGACCGCAUCAGGGAUGUUGUGGAACGCUAUCCAUACAUCGCGCUGGAUACAGAGUUUCCGGGUAUUGUGGCUCGGCCGACUUCGAAUGCUUUGGAUUAUAACUACCGGACGGUGAAGUACAAUGUGGAUUUAUUGAAAGUAAUUCAAUUGGGUUUAACUUUUGCAGAUAGUCGUGGGCGUUUGGCGGAGGGAACUUGCACGUGGCAGUUCAACUUUCGUUUCGACUUGAACGAGGAUAUGUACGCUCAGAACAGCAUUGAUUUCCUGAAACAGAGCGGCAUUGACUUUGAUAAACAGCAGAAAAAAGGAGUUGAAGUUCAUGAUUUCGGUGAACUAAUAAUGAAUAGUGGCUUAGUUAUGAACGAAGACGUCAAAUGGAUAUCUUUUCAUGGAUGUUACGACUUCGGGUACUUGUUGAAAUUGCUCACCUGCGAGGCUCUUCCUGAAUCAGAGAAUGCCUUUUUUGAGCUCGUUCAGGACUUCUUUCCUUCUCUAUACGACAUUAAAUUCCUUUUAAGAGACUUACCCAACUUCAAUCUCAGCCAAGGAAGCAGCUUGCAAAAGGUUAGCGAGCAACUCAAUGUAGAGCGGAUAGGACCCCAACAUCAAGCAGGAAGCGACAGUCUUGUUACUUGCCGCACUUUUUUUAAUCUUGUUGAAUCUUAUUUUGAUGGAAAGAUAGAUGAAGCAAAGUUCUCCGGUGUUAUCUACGGCUUGGGCGCAACUGCACAUAAACGGCACAGGGGGCCCCCUGGGGGGGCCCUCACUAACACCCCUUCUUUAGACUUGGGGGGCCCUGUGCAUUCUAAUGAUCUUAAACAGCAAGACAACAGCAACAAUCCCAACGGAGAUAUCAUGCUUGGGGGCCCCGGUGCUAUGGGCCGGUACGUCAGUGCUGGCCCGGGGGGCCGUCUAGGCGCUCAUCCGCAGCAGCAGCAGCAGCAGCAAGGACCAUGGGGCUCUAUUGGUCGUGUAGGCAGCGGAGUUGUGGGUAUGCGGCAACAGCAGCAGCAGCAGCAGCAUUCUCAGGCGCUUCUGGGUAUCCCUGCAGCAGCAGCAGCUGACAGCAGCGCAGCAGAUCGCCUUAGAGCGGGAGCUCCCGGGGGGGGCCCCCACUCAGGCAUCAUCCCAGGUAAUGGGGCCCCUCGAGGGUUCGGUUCAGAGCUCCAUCGCACAGGCAGCGCCCCUCCAGCGCCGCUGCUGUGCGGCAGCAGCGACGGCCGUGUAUGGCCCGCUAGUGGAAGCAUCACUGUUGGAGGGAGGCAUGCAAACGGUGAGCAGCAGCAGCGAGUUGGGGCCCCUGCUGCAGGAGCCUUCGUCUUCGAGGGCACGGGAGGGGCCGCAGGGGCCCCUAGGAGGCCCUGA